CAAAUGAACGCGGACAUGCGCACUCCGAUCGCCGAGCCAUUUAAAGACACUGUACGUGCAAAUAUGGCAGCUCAAGUCGACCUGCUCCGAACGAAAGCCAACGACGACCGGAUCAGGGACAGCUUUGAGAGAUUCAUCAAAGAGAAGAAGAAGAAAAAGAAAAGGGAUUUGUCUCCGCCAACCGAUAAAAGAGAAAGAUGCGAAAAAGAAGCCAAAAAGGUGAAGCUCCAUCAUCAUAAUCCCAGCCAGCAGCAGCAGCAGUGCGUCCAGCAACACGCUGAGAACAGGAGUCACCACCAGCUGCAGCAGAAGCCCAAAGCCCAGGUGUUCAGCUUGGACAAACACGUCCUGCACGUCCACCAGCACCACCAUGGUCUGACUAACGGCGCCAAGAAGAGCCUGCUGCCCGCUUUCCCCUCGCAGAAGCGAUCCGUGGCCCCUCAGCCACCUGCGCUCUUCACUUUCACGCCCCUCAAAGUGGUGAAGGCCCCGCAGCACGAGCGCAAAGAGCCGCACCGGGAGCAGGAACCGAAGCUGAAGCUGAAGAAGGAAAACUCAGAGGCUAACGUCAAACAUCCCCACCAAAAAAAGAAAAAAGAGUUGAUCCCAAACAAUGAAAAUGGAAAGUCUCUAACACUAGAAGAAUAUCUUCUGAAGAAGAAGAAAAAGAAGAAGAAGCAUCGCGACGAUGAUCAUGGUUCCAAGAAGGUCCGACAUGUCCACACCAAAGCGGUUCAGACUGUGUGCGCCGGGCUAGGAGCUGAUCUCUCGCUCUCUGUAAACCCAGAAGCUCCUCAACCUGCUGCGAUAAAGCAAGAAGGCAGUCGGCUUCCUGCCAGAGAACCUGCUGACAGCAGCCCACCUUACCUUCAAGCUCUCAAAGCAGGUCACAUCCCUUUCCUCUCGCAUCAAGACCACUACAUCCGCAGCUUCUGCCUCCAGACCGGUACCAGAUACGGACGCUUCAUUCACGAGGAAAAGCAGCCCAACGGCGGCGGGCGCGUGCUGCACGCUUACGCUGACGAGUUGGCGUGCCUCAGUCCGGCUGAGAUGGAGGGCUUCGCCCGGGAGUUCCUGGAGCUGACCUUCGCAGAGAAGCCAAAAGGUGCAGCGGUUUAUGCCCUGACUGUGAUCCAUGGGGCGGCUUCCUACUUGCCCGACUUCUUGGACUACUUUGCCUUCAACUUCCCCAACACGCCGGUCAAAAUGGAAAUACUGGGCAAGAAAGACAUCGAGACGACCACCAUAAGCAACUUUCACGCUCAGGUGAGCCGGACUUACUGUUCAGGAACGUACCGAGCUGGACCCAUGAGGCAGAUCAGCCUGGUCGGAGCCGUGGAUGAAGAAGUCGGAGAUUAUUUCCCAGAGUUCCUCGACAUGCUGGAGGAGUCUCCAUUUCUCAAGAUGACCCUGCCCUGGGGGACCCUCUCCAGUCUGAAGCUCGACUGUCGCUCCCAGAGCGAUGAUGGACCAAUCAUGUGGGUGCGACCGGGAGAGCAAAUGGUACCCACGGCUGAUAUGCCCAAGUCUCCAUUUAAACGCCGCAGGUCGAUGAAUGAAAUAAAGAACCUGCACUACUUGCCACGGGCCAGCGAACCCAGAGAGGUUCUGUUCGAGGAUCGGACGAAGGCACAUGCUGAUCAUGUGGGGCAGAGUUUCGACUGGCAGAGCACAGCUGCUGUGGGCGUCCUGAAGGCCGUGCACUUUGGAGAGGGGGACAACCAUCCGCGGAUCACCAAGGAUGUGGUGUGUUUUGAUGCUGGGGACUUUAAUGAGGUAGUCCAGAGGCUGCAGCUGGAUCUCUAUGAGCCCCCAGUUUCUCAGUGUGUGCAGUGGGUGGAUGAUGCCAAACUGAAUCAGCUGAGGAGGGAAGGUGUCCGCUAUAUCCGGGCACAGCUCUGCGACGAUGACAUCUACUUCAUCCCCAGGAACGUCAUCCACCAGUUCAAGACUGUGUCUGCAGUCUGCAGCCUGGCCUGGCACAUCCGCCUUAAACAGUACCACUCAGCAGAAGACACGGACGCCAAGGAGGAGCAGCAGCCCAAAGAUCUCAGCCCCACCUCUGGCCGAGUCUCCUUUUCCUCCCCGGCAAGACCAGAUUCCACCCUUACACCCUGCUCACGGCGGCAGGCGGACAGCAUCCUGGGCGGGGUCGCCAAAACCGAGGAACCGGAGUUCCAGAGACCGGCGACGCCGUCAAAGGAGCCUCAGCCAGCCCCUCCUCAGCCAACCAAAUCUGCUCACCUUCCACCCCUUUACUCCACCUCAGUCCACCCUAUGAAGGAGGCCUUGCUGCAAAAAGCUAAUGGCCACACCUCAGACAUCCCCAAAUGAUGCCUUUAAAGGGGUUAAAGACUAAAUAAGUUAGACAACUGAUGUAAUCAGGAAGCUUUUCAAACUUAAAUUAUUCUUUUUUUUAAAUCUCAGAUUAUUGUUGUGUUUUGUCUUGUUUUUUUUUUUUUUUUUUUAACCUCCUGUAAUGUUUUUGUUUAAUGGGACAGAAUAAUAUAUAUUUAGUUAUCAGAUGUAAAAAAGAAUCUUAUUAUUUUUAAACCAGGUUUUGAAAUGCUACUUUCUGUAUCAGAUGUUUUUUUUGGUUCAAGGUGAAGUUGUUCAUCAACCGGAUUUUUUCAACAGCAUGAUCCUGCCAAGCUAUCAUUUUUAUUUAAAGUCUGAACCUUUUUGAGUCUAUUUAACCCCAGGGAUUCUAUUUAUUUGCAUUUCAUGAAUUUGGAAAAAUUGGCAGCUGUGUUCAGUGGCCUUGGUACAUAUAGAAAUGGUGCCAUUUAUACUUAGUUAGGCACCUUUUAUAUCAUAUUAAGGUGAAAAACUUCACUUUGCCAGAAGGAUCUGCAUCUUAAGAGAUCAUACUUAUCUUUUGAGAUGUUUAAAGCACUUUUUUUGCCCCAUGCACACUUUUUCAGUGGUGUGACACUUGUAACCCUUUACUGUGGGAGAAUAUAUUGGCACCAAACCAGAGAAUUGCUCGAGAGCUGGCAAGCUCUGUCAUCCCUGCUGUUAUUCUUGUUCAAUCAUCAAUCAUUUAAACAUUCUAAGGGUCUUUUCAUGUUAGUUUUGGUAUAAACUAAGCUAUCAGUGAUUCAAGGCGGCAAGCUGCAAAAAAGUGCACACACCCCCAAAUUGCCCAUAUAGACUUGUUGCUUAAGAGACUGAGGGAAGUUUACGUCAUUUUUUUUUGCUUUUUUUUUUUAGUUAACAAAAUGUAUAUCUAAAACUUACUGUGAAAAAAAAUUCUUGGAACCGUAAUAAGAAAACAGGAAGAAGCAAAACUUAAAGGCAAGUUCCACAAUUUGUGAUUAAAAACAGACUGAUGAUGAUUUGUGGGUGGUCAGCGGAUGUGCAACAUUUUGCUAACAUCCUGGAUGUCAUCCUACUCCACAAUAAAGGGAUUUUAUGCAGUUUUUCCCCUUAUAAAAGAAACACGAUUGUUCAACUUAAAGCACUUAAAUCUUGUUUUCCCAGUUGUGAGGUUAAGUUCUUAAUUUGAAGUGUAUUUUGUAUGUGAACUUUUUUGUUACCAUUUUUGAUAUUUAUUUUCUCCAAAUUAAUGUGGUAUAAUCUAAUUUCUGCACCAUUUUAAUCCUAAAUCAACUGCAGAAAUCACACCUAGUUAGCAAUAAUGGUUUGUUAUUACGUCGCGUUUAGAAUAAAGCUGGUGUGUUGUAGUUCUAGCUACAAUUAUGAGAAUGUUGUGAUGGUUUUGUUUAAUUACAUUUUUUUUAGUAACCUUCAGUUUAGCAGGUGAUAUCAAAAAGUUUGGAGGGUAAUAAUGGUUUUAGGAAAAAUUCAUAGGAUUAAUUCUCCUUUGGAUUAUAUUCCUUCUGUUUUUGGUCUUUAAAAUGAUGUUUAGAGGGAAAGAAGUGAUUUCCUGCUUCUUUUCCUCUGACUAUAUUUUAGUGCCUUUUGCAGUGCAUGAUUAACCAAACUUAAUGCUUCUGUUUUUAUUUGUUAAGUGAAAUGAGAAAUAACCAUAUUUCAUGCCACCAGGUAGCAAAUAACACAGAUAUGUUUGACAGGAUUGCCUUUCUUAUGUAAAUAUGGCUCUCUCAUAGUCUUAACUUGGGUUAUUAAUGCUGUAGCUCUUCUUUCUUGAAGCUUUUUUUAUGUUUUUUUUUUUUUUUCUAACUUGAGCAGUGACAGAGCGUAGAUGAUAAGGACGUUUGUCAUGAUCCGGUUAAAACAGGAGAAACACACAAGUGGAACGCUAAGUCAUAUUAU